AACCCUGUUGUACAAAUACAGCAUCAGAAAUAACCUCAGAGUUGAAUCAACACAUUCAUUGUCACAGAUAAAGUCAGUUACAGGACUAUGGUACUGAAGUUCUUACUGUAUACUGCACAUGUUGGACAUGUAAGUCCUGUCAGAAAGGAUUUUGGGCUGCACGAAAAUUAUAUUUAAAACAUCUGUUACAACUAAAGUGGCUCUGAACCAGUUGAUAUGGCUUAACAAUGUUAAACUGUUUUAACAGUUUAUCCUCCUAGAUGAACACCAUAAAAAACAACAAUGGUAUCAGCUGUCAGAGAUGAGUGAUUUAUACAAAUCUGUCUCUAAAUGCAUGAGAUGAAGCCUCUCUGCUUGAUGCAGGUGGAAAAUGUUCAUACUCAUUUAAAAUCUUGAUAGACAUUGUGGUUAAGACAAACCUGUUUAUGGAAUUUGCUGCAGUAAGUCAGAUUUGAUCUUUGUCAAAGCAGCACAGAAAUAAUAACCAGAAGUAAAACAUCCAGCAUCCGGCUCACCUGAGAAAAUCUGUUUCUGUUUGAAUCUGAUAGGAGAUCUGUCAGCAGGUCUUUUGGUACUUUUGAACAAUAUUUCUAACUGUGACCAGGAUGUUGGUUGAGAUCUGGUCAUGUUCCAGCAUCUAUAGACAGUUGUCAUAUUCCAAUAAAUCAUAUUGUUUUAUCUUCUGGCCUUGCUGACCAAGGCCUUCUUGGCUGCUAGCUGAGUUUAGACUGAAUUAUUAACAAUUGCUUGAACUAAAAGUUUACAGGUGCUGAAACUUGGAUCAAACUAUUCCUGUUGCUCAUUUGGUGUGAGACAGAAAAGGGUUAUUAACAGUCAAACUGCAGGUCAAAGUUCUGAUUUACUGGAGUGUAUCACACCGUGACGGCCAUUGAAAGAGGAGGGUGGUUCUAAGCCAAUCAGGUUCCUUGUUUUCCCCUGACACACCUUCUGUCUCCUCUCUGCACUCUGCUCUCAGUGAGUCCGUCACUGUGAAGUCUGUACGUUCCUUUAUUGGAGGGAAAAUGACAGGAACAAGUUCUGUGUCAAAUGAUCUGCAACCUGUGCAGCGGAGCAGCAGCUUUCAAUUCCUGCCACCCAACACAUCAGAUGAUAAACCUUUGAUGCGCAGCAGCUAUGAACUCCUUCCUCCUCUGAUGUCUGAGCUGAGGGUUGUUCUGCUGGGGAACAGCUGGUCUGAGAGGAGUUCAGUGGGGAACUUCAUACUGGGAGAGACUAAGUUCAACACUGAGGAAGAACCAGAUCGCUGUCUGAGAGAAAGAGGAUGGUUGGAGGAGAAAGAAAUAGUUCUCAUCAACACCCCAGAUCUGCUGCAUCCCAACAUUUCUGAAGAUAAAUUAACCAAGUUUAUAGAAAACUGUGUGAGACUCUCUGAUCCUGGACCUCAUGUGUUCCUGCUGGUUCUACAGCCUGAAGACUUCACUGAGAAACAGAAACUGAGACUCUGCAGAGUCCUGAAACUCUUCAGUGAUCGAUCAUUUGAUCAUUCACUGGUUCUGAUAUCAACACCCACAGAUGAGAUUUCAGUCAGGAAAAACUACAUGAACAAUGCACCCUUAAUAGACAUUAUCAGAAAAUGUAGAGGCCAAUUUCUAUGGAAUAAGACAGCUGAACUUUCAGAGCUGUUGGAAUGCUUGGACCAAACUAUAAAGGAGAACCGAGGACAGCAUUUGAGCUGUGAAGCACAGGAAACAAUCUCAGAACCUGAAAAAGUUAUUGAAUCUUCACUCAGGAUUGUGCUGCUGGGGAAAAGUGAGAACAAAAAGACAAAACUUGGAAACUUCAUCAUUGGUAACCAAGGGGCUCAUUCCAAAAAACAUAAAUCAGUCAGCUACGGGGAGUGGAAAGAACAAUUUGUAAUAGUAGUUAAAGCCCGAAAUAUCUUCAGUCUGUCUGUGGAAACAGUUAAAGAAGAGAUGAAGAGAUGUGUGGCUUUUUGUUCGCCUGGACCAAAUGUUCUGCUGCUGUUAGUGAAACCCUCUACAUUCACGAAGAGGAAGACACUAACUUUGCAGUUCAUUCUGAGUUUGUUUGGUCAAGAUGCUUUUAAACACUCAAUGCUCAUCAGCACACAUGAAACGACUGCAAAUUUUUAUGUGAAUCAGCUGCUUGAAGAAUGUGGUGGAAGGCAGUACAGCAUGUUUGCAAAUGACCACACAUUGUUAAUGGAGAAGAUUGAGAAGAUUGUGCAUGAAAACAAAGGAACCUUCCUCACCUUCACUGAAGAGACCAUCAGACCAAUGUAUGAAUACAUCAAACCAGCUUUAAACCUGGUUCUGUGUGGGAGGAGAGGAGCAGGGAAGACUUCAGCAGCCAAGGCCAUUUUAGGUCAGACAGAGUUUCUUUCAGUCUCCAACUCAUCAGAGUGUGUUAAAUAUCAGAGAGAGGUGUGUGAACGUUGGGUUUCCCUGGUGGAGCUGCCUGCCUUGUAUGGAAAACCUCAGGAGGCAGUGAUGGAGGAAUCACUCAGGUGUAUCUCCCUCUGUGAUCCUGAGGGCGUCCAUGUCUUCAUCCUGGUCCUACCUGUGGGUCCCCUCACUGAUGAAGACAAGGGAGAGUUAGAGACCAUCCAGAACACAUUCAGCUCUCGAGUCGUUGACUUCACCAUGAUUCUGUUCACUGUGGAGUCAGAUCCUGCAGCUCCAGCUGUUGUUAACUUUCUAAAGGAAAACAAGGACAUCCAGGAGCUCCGUCAGAGCUGUGGAGGAAGAGAUGUUGUUCUCAACAUCAAGGACAAGCAGCAGAUCCCAGAGCUGUUGGACAUGGUGGAAAAGAUGAUACAAUCUAAGGGAAGACAUCUCUGCUAUACAAUAGAAACAUUAGCCCAAAAGGACAAGGUCUUACAACCACAGAAAAACAUAACCACACAGGCUGAACUUAAGGACCUGAAAACAAAGACCACGGUCAGCUGUGAUGAGGAGCAGAGCCCAGAGAGUCUCAGGAUUGUGUUGAUAGGGAAGACUGGCUGUGGAAAGAGCUCUUCAGGAAACAUGAUUCUAGGAAGAAAGGAGUUUAAAGCCGAAUCGUGCCAAACAUCAGUUACCAAAGUUUGUCAGAAAGCACAGAGUGAAGUGGACGGUCGUCCGGUCGUUGUGGUCGACACUCCUGGUCUGUUUGACACAACUUUGUCCCAUGAAGAGGUUCAUGAGGAGAUGGUGAAAUGCAUCAGUCUUCUGGCUCCAGGACCACAUGUCUUCCUGUUGGUGUUAGAAAUUGGCAGACUCACACCAGAGGAGAAGGAGACAUUAAAACUCAUCAAGAAAGUCUUUGGGAAGAAUUCUGAAACCUUCACCAUCAUUCUUUUCUCUAGAGGAGAUUCACUGGAACAUGAGGAAGUUUCCAUCGAAGAAUACAUUGAACAUAAAUGUGAUGAUUCCUUUAAGAAGCUGAUCUCUGACUGUGGAGGAAGAUACCAUGUGUUGAAUAACUAUGAUAAACAUAACGGCAAGCAAGUCAGUGAGCUGAUAACCAAGAUUGACACCAUGGUGAAGGAAAAUGGAGGCAGCUGCUACACCAAUGAGAUGCUGCAAGAGGCAGAGGCAGCUAUAAAGAAAGAAAUGGAGAGAAUCCUGAAGGACAAGGAAGAAGAGAUACAGAGGGAGCAGGAGGAACUUGAAAGACAACAUGACGAAGAAAUUAAAGAGAUGGAAAGAAGAAUGGAAGAGCAGAGAGCAGGAAGUGAACAGGAGAGAAAACUGAGAGUCAGAGAGCUUGAAGAAAAUAUGGAAAAAAUUAACCAGGAGUGGGAGACGAGAACGAAAGGAAGAGAAGAGAGCAAAGAAGAUAUGAUGAUGAAACAGAAUUACAUGAAACAACAGGAGUUGGAGAAAAAGCUCAAAGCUUUGGAGGAAAGAAUUAAGAGAAAUUCUGCAUCAGAUGAAGAAAAGAGAGCUGAGCUAGAGCAGAGAAGAGAAGAGAUGAGAAAAGAACGAGAAACCUUGGACAAGAAACUAAAUGAAUAUCGGGAAAAACACAACAGAGAACAGGACUAUAGACAAAAACAGUACAAAACAACAUUUAAAAAACUUCAAAUGGAAUAUGAGCAGGAGAAAGAAAAAUAUGAAAAGGAAAUACUAAAUGAAGAACAAAACAGAAGAGAACAGGGGGGAAAACAAAGAAAGGAGAUUGAUGAAAAAUAUAAGAAACUAAAGGAUGUUAUGAAGAAGAAACACGAAGAGGAGGCCAGAAAGCAAGCUGAAGAAUUCAAUGACUUCAGAAAGAAAUACAUCAGCAACUUUGCAGGUCUGAUGGACGAGCAUGAGGAAGAAAAGAAGGCACUGAAGCAGGAAUAUAAACUGUUAGACGAUCUCUUAAGUCACAAAGAAACAUGGCUGAAAGAAGAACUUGAGCAACAAGAACAAAAACUCAAAGAACUGGAGGACUUGAAGAAAGCACAUGAGCGAGAACUUAAUGAACUAAAAGAGAAAUACAAAAACAAAUGUAUCAUCCUCUUGUCUGAGCUGAGGGUUGUUCUGCUGGGGAACAGCUGGUCUGAGAGGAAAUCAGUGGGGAACUUCAUACUGGGAGAGACUAAGUUCAAUACCGAGGAGGAACCAGACCGCUGUCUGAGAAUCACAAGACAGUUGAAGGAGAAAGAAAUAGUUCUCAUCAACACCCCAGAUCUGCUGCAUCCCAACAUCUCUGAAUACAAACUAACAGAACAUGUGACAAACUGUGUGAGACUCUCUGAUCCUGGACCUCAUGUGUUCCUGCUGGUUCUACAGCGUGAAGACGUCACUGAGAAACAAAAACUGAGGCUCUGCAAAGUCCUGGAACUCUUCAGUGAUCGAUCAUUUGAUCAUUCACUGGUUCUGAUAUCAACAACCAGAGAGGAGAGCUCAGCUUUCAUGGAAAAAUGUAUGCAACACCCGACCUUAACAGAAUUGAUCAGAAUGUGUAGAAACAGAUCUUUGAAGCUGAAGAACCUUGAACGUUCUGAGUUGUUAACUUGUUUGGGUCAAAUUGUAAAAGAAAACAAUGGAGAGCAUGUCAGCUGUGAUGUGUUUGAAGAUACAGUAUCUGCUGUAUCUGGUGAUCAUCAAAACUUGAAGCAACAGGAAACAACCACUUCUGACUUGAGUCCUGUCAGAGCUCCUGGGUUCAAACGAAGCACAUCACACAGUUUAUCACCAGCUGAAAGCACAAUCAAACAACCAUCUACACUGAGAAUUGUGCUGUUGGGGAAGAGUGAGGAGGAUAAAACAAAACUUGGUAUCUUUAUAAUAGGUAAAUUCCAAAAACAGUCCCAUAGCAAGCAAAGUAUGGCUGUCUGUGGAGAGUGGAGAGGAAAAUCAUUUACAGUGGUGAAAACUCCAAACAUCUUCAGUCUGACUGAUGAGACAGUGAGAGAAGAGAUGAGAAGGUGCAUCAGUCUUUGUCCUCCUGGACCAAAUGUUCUGCUGCUGUUAGUGAAGCCUUCUGAUUUCACUGAGAAGAACAGACAAACACUGAAGUUCAUCCUGAGUUUGUUUGGUCAAGAUGCUUUUAAACACUCAAUGGUCAUCAGCACACAUGAUGGAACAAGUGUCUCUGUCAGUCAGCUGCUUCAAGACUGUGGAGGAAGACACUACAGGAUGGUAGAAGAAGGCAAUUUGUUAUUAAUGCACAAGAUUGAGAACAUUGUGCAUGAAAACAGAGGAACCUUCCUCACCUUCACUGAAGAGACCAUCAGACCAAUGUGUGAACACAUCAAACCAGCUUUAAACCUGGUUCUGUGUGGGAGGAGAGGAGCAGGGAAGACUUCAGCAGCCAAGGCCUUUUUAGGUCAGACAGAGUUUCAUUCAGUCUCCGACUCAUCAGAGUGUGUUAAACAUCAGGGAGAGGUGUGUGGACGUUGGGUUUCCCUGGUGGAGCUGCCUGCCUUGUAUGGAAAACCUCAGGAGGCAGUGAUGGAGGAAUCACUCAGGUGUAUCUCCCUCUGUGAACCUGAGGGCGUCCAUGCCUUCAUCCUGGUCCUACCUGUGGGUCCCCUCACUGAUGAAGACAAGGGAGAGUUAAAGACCAUCCAGAACACAUUCAGCUCUCGAGUCGAUGACUUCACCAUGAUUCUGUUCACUGUGGAGUCAGAUCCUGCAGCUCCAGCUGUUGUUAACUUUCUGAAGGAAAACAAGGACAUCCAGGAGCUCCGUCAGAGCUGUGGAGGAAGAUAUGUUGUUCUCAACAUCAAGGACGAGCAGCAGAUCCCAGAGCUGCUGGACAUGGUGGAAGAAAAUAGCCAGUCUAAAGUUAAUCAAUCCUGCUAUACAGCUGUAACAUUUGCACAUGCACAAAUAGAAAAGCUCAUACAACAAGAGAAACAUAUCAACAGGCAACAAGGUGAACUUGAGAGGCUGAUGAAGAAGAACAUGAUCACUUAUUAUUUAAACUCCAGGUCUUCUUAUUUCACAGGUGAGGAGCAGAGACCAGAGAGUCUCAGGAUUAUGCAGCUAGGAAAGACUGGCUGUGGAAAGAGCUCUACAGGAAACACCAUUCUAGGAAGAAAGGAGUUUAAAGCCAAAUCAAGUCAAACUUCAGUCACCAAACAUUGUCAGAAAGCACAGAGUGAAGUGGACGGUCGUCCGGUCGUUGUGGUCGACACUCCUGGUCUGUUUGACACAACUUUGUCCCAUGAAGAGGUUCAUGAGGAGAUGGUGAAAUGCAUCAGUCUUCUGGCUCCAGGACCACAUGUCUUCCUGUUGGUGUUACAGAUCGGCAGAUUUACACCAGAGGAGAAGGAGACAUUAAAACUCAUCAAGGAAGGCUUUGGGAAGAAUGCUGAAACCUUCACCAUCAUUCUUUUAACUGGAGGAGAUAAACUAAAGCGUGAGAAAGUGUCCAUUGAAGAAUACAUUGAACAGGACUGUGAUGAUUCCUUUAAGAAUCUGAUCUCUGACUGUGGAGGAAGAUACCAUGUGUUUGAUAACUAUGAUGAACAAAACCGCACACAAGUCAGUGAGCUGAUAACCAAGAUUGACACCAUGGUGAAGGAAAAUGGAGGCAGCUGCUACACCAAUGAGACGCUGCAAGAGGCCGAGGCAGCUAUAAAGAAAGAAAUGGAGAGAAUCCUGAAGGAGAAGGAAGAAGAGAUGAAGAGAGAGAGGGAGGAGCUUCAAAGAAAACAUGAGGAGGAAAUGCAAGAGAUGAAAAGAAGAAUGGAAGAACAGAGAGCAGAAACUGAAAAGGAAAUGGAACUGAAAGUAAAACAACUUAGAGAAAAAGAGGAGAACAUAAAGAAGGAACGUGAGGAGAGAAAGAAAGAACAGGAAAUGAGAGAAGAAGGUCAAGAGAGAAAACAACUGGAAGAAAUUAAACGACAGGAGUGGAAACGAAAGGUUGAACCUUUGCAGAAAAAUGUAAGAUCAGAGUCAGAAUCAAAGGAAACCACUGACAGAAAGCUGAAGGAGAGCAGAGUAGAGAUGAGAAAAGAACGAGAGAAGUUAAAGAAAAAACUAAAUGAAUGGUGGGAAAACCAAUAUCAAGAAGAUGAAAAGAGACGACAAGAGGAACAAACAAGACUUAGAAAGCUUCAAGAAGAAUAUGAACAGGAAAGAGAAAAUGAUGAGAAGAAAAGAAAGGAAGAGGACAGAAUCAGAAGAGAACAAGAGGAAAAAGAGAAAAAAAGGUGUCUUUAAAGUAAGGACAUGACAGUAAAGUCCCACUAAAAUAUGAACAGAUAUUUUAGGAUGUGGUCCAUCCCUGGGAAUAAUCAAAUUGAAUCUUUAAGAAACUGUUUUCAAAAUAUGGCUUUCCAAAAAAAGUGGACUCUUGGCUCAACUUGCCCCAUAUGAGGGGUAAGUUGAGCCAAGAGAGAGGAAACGUUGAGCCACAUGGGCGUCGGUGACAUCAAUGUCAUUUCAUUGUGCAAACUCAAACAGGUCCCAAAUACUCAAUUGCACUAAGAUCGUGAAACAUUGCUAUGUCUCCUAGUUGUUUCAUAUCAAUGUAUCGCUUUAAAGUCAUCCUGUUUAUCGUCAUGUCCCGUGCCACCUGAUAAUUGGACUUCCCAUUUUUGGACCCACUACUCUCUCCAAAUCCACAAGACGAGUUGACUUUCUUCCAUUUAUAGAAGCAUGAGAUGAUGGUUUCAGGUCUAUAAUGUCACAUCAUUUCGGUAAAAUUACAGUAAAAUUGUUGGCCCAACUUCCCCCAGGUCUUUUGGCUCAAAAUACCCCAUCCCUGCCAUUUUAACUUGUGUCAUCCAGAAGUUUAACGUCAUGCUAACAGUAUAGCCUCAUACUGUAACGUCCUAAAGAACUAACAGAUGCGUAAGAAUUUCUCAAACCUGUCGGUAAUUGUUCAGACACAAGAGUCAGGACUCCUUGAACAUAAAAAAACCCACAUUGAACGGCAAAAAAACUGUUUUUUUUAUCUUAAAUGGGAUUAACACUUAUUCCAUGGGCCUUUCUUCAUCACAGGGAAAGUAAAAUAGAUGACUCUUCAAAAAUAAGUGGUCACUUGACCAAUUUUGUCGAUGGUUAGAAACAAGGGGUGGCUGAACUUCCCCACAGGCUCAAAUCUCAAAGCUCUCCCCUACUGUGCUGUGAAAUCUGAUCUAGUGAGUUGUUGUUCCAGUCUUAUUGUCGAGAUGCCAAGUGCUCCAAAGAGAAGGCAGCCUUUUUGGCAAGGAAAAUGGCAUGAGAGGCUGGAGAGGACCCUGACAUUGUGACCCAACCAAGUUAGGGAAGGAGAUGCUGACCUCAGCUUUCACGUGGGAGAGGACACUUUGGGUGAACUAGGAGGGGUAUAGAUGUGUCCCACCUUCCCUCCAGUUAAUUACCUAGUUUUCAGCGUUGUGGUUUUUAGGUUGCAACUGUGUGCUCGUACGCAUGCUCAAACUCUUGAGGGAGCAUUGUCCAACACACAGGAAGCAAAACACCGGGAGACAGCUUCACACAUGCUGAAAACUCAGGUAAACUCCCGCUGCGACUAUACAAUCAUAUUUUUAUUAGCUUGAGGUAGAUGUAAUACUUUCUUGUUAUAUAACAAUAUUACAGUGAAAGCAUAACCGACAUGAUAUGUCAGCAUUAACUCACCUGUCACUUUUUAGUAACUUCAUCAGAGGUUAAGCAUCGUGAGCACAGUUAAAUGUAUUGCAUAAGCUAUUAGUUAAGCUAAACUGAGUCAUGACAUUGUACAUGACUGUUAGACUGAUGUACUAAAACGACAAUUACAAAGGAAACAGCUUUAGGUGCCUUUCUGAUGUUGAGUGAAUUUUCACCUGAAGUCGAUCAUUGAAGUUCUCAUUUGGCCUGAAGGGUUUCAGCACAUAAAACUUUUAUUAUUAUUUUAUCUUUAUGUGAAUCUUUAGUUUAUGUUGGAGUUUGUGUCGUUUUAUGGUGUUAGUGGACUGCAUUUCGUUAGCUGCAGUGUUGUCAUCGCAGUGGUAGGCAAGAGGCUCGGGAGCGUACAUGCAGAGAACCCGAACUGAUACCUUAAAAUAAGAAGCAGAAUAGUGGCUAGGGCUGCACAAUUUAGAGAAAAAGUCAUAUUGCGAUUAUUGUGGAGUUUGGCAGAUUGCUCAUGAAUAAUUUUUCUGAUUGCACGUAGGCCUAUCUGUUUUUAGAGGCACGUGCAAGAGCCCGGUGUGAGCGUGAAUAAUGAGCAGACUACAGUGCACACAGACAAGACAGUGUCACACACACUUUUUCUGUUUUAUUAAAUUGCACACUCCUUGUGGUUAUGUAGUGACAUGUGACUACAUCGUGAUUGCGAUUGCAAUUAGAUUAUUGCGCAGCCCUAAUAGUGGCUGUUGCAAGCAACAGAGAAAACAGGCGUGUGGUUGAUUUCUAAACGAGGCUACAGCCCAUUGACAAUAAGGCAGUAAAAAAGUUUUUAUUAAUAAGUGAUUUCAUUGAAAAACUUCGGAUAGCCCCUUUAAAGGCUAUAUAGUUGGCUUGGAUCAUUUCCUUUAUGAUUUUGCAUGCAUAUGUGAGUAGGAAGCCAUUGUGUUUGCAGUGUUGUGUUCUUCUGUUUCCUAACUGAGUGUAUUAUUGUGGCCGCUUAACACCCAGCUAUCUAAUUUUUGACGGGGAAACCACGAACCACAGAAAUGUAUGGACUUUGGAAGUGGACUAAUCAGUGGACUGUUGCAUGUGGAGUCCACUUAGGUGUUUCAUCAUUACUAUUUUAGUUUCGUAUUUAAUUGUUAAAUUAAUAAAUUCAUGGUUUUAUAACUCCUGUUUGAUCCAGUGUGUUGAUUGGUUCAGCUGUUCCUCAUCAGAAUAAUUAACUUCAUGGACCUUGAAUUGAUCACGCUAGAACCAGGAUUUUCUGUCAAGUAAAUGAGUAAAUGAAAUGCAUUGGUCCACACAAAACUGGAUCUAUAUUGUCACUGUGUUUAUGUAAUCAAAGAUUCCCAAACGGUGCAUUCUAAGCAGUCUCUCAGAGUUUCAAUGGCAUCUGGAGCACGGUGUUGGAUUUUGCCUAGGAGUUUUUGUUUAUACAUUGGGAUAAGGUGCAGCAUUGAAACAAAAAAUAUUAUUAUUAUACUUAUUAAAUAUGUCUCCGACUAUCUUAAGGGGCAAAAAUAACCCAUUUGUGAGUUACAAAGAAGUGUGUGACAGCCCCUGAGUGGCCUGAGGGUGUGUGUGUACUGCAUCUACCAGCGUUGACCUUUCCAUGUGGUUUUGUGUCCGAGAAGCUGAUUGCAGUGCCUACCCAGAACAAAUGGGUCCACUGGAAAUAAAAGCCCUACUUUCCAGAAUGUCUCUCUCUCAUUCUCUCUGUUUUUGAUUUUAUUUAAUUCUUUGUUGUACUUUUACACAACCACCAGUUUCUUUUCUGGUAUAAUAAACACAUUGUACUACUGG